AAAGAGCUGCUGUGUUGAGGCCGAAAACUCAGACACAAUCUGGAAAGAGGGGACGACAACAAAAUACCUGUGAAGAUUAUAUACACUCAACAGGAGCCGCGAAAGACGUUUUUAGCGUGGCGACAGGGCGAGAUCUGCAUGGCUUCCUGGCAAUGUCGCUGCAAUCAAGUCCCGCUUACUCUUAAUGAGAAUGUGGUGUGUGGUGACCUGUCUGCAGAUUUAAAUCUUUACAUGGAUGAAACAUAGCUGCAUGCUUGCUAAUGCUGGUGCUGUGAGCUCAUGGUCGCAGAAAAACUCUUUUUUGCGCAAAACUGAUGAGGGAAGCAUAAUAUUCCGCCUGGAGCAGCGUGGGCUUUAUCACCCAAAAUCUCCCCGUUUGACGCCUCUCUGCAUCAGUGCCAUGAAUCGUACCGGGCAACAGUUGCUACCCACAUAGAGGUCACUUUACCUCUCUUUCCGUUUGAUUCCGUCCAGAGGAUGCUGGGAAUGUGUCGCGGGCGCAGGAAAUUCCUGGCGGCCUCCCUCGCCCUGCUCUUCAUCCCAGCUCUCACCUGGCUUUACCUCUCAGUCGGCAGCUUUCAAGUGAAGCCUCUCCCCCUGUCACCAUUGGAAACCCAGUCAUCCACACCUGUAGGAGGGGACGGUGAGCGCCAAGCGUUGGAGUCUCGAGUGCGGGCGGUGGAAGAAGAGAACCGGGCGCUGCGCCGGGAGCUUAGCCGGCCGCCCAGGAGCCCGUCGGCACACCUUCCAUACGGCGGCCACCAUGGCAACCAAAGCAGAGCUCAUUCAGAGGAGGGCACCGGUGACAACGAGGGCCAGAAAGCUGCUGCAGCAGGAAACAGUUCAGACUGUGUCCAACAGCCAGUCGUGGAUAAGUGUGAGACCAUCCAUGUUGCCAUCGUAUGCGCAGGCUACAACGCCAGUCGAGAUGUGGUGACGCUGGUUAAAUCGGUCCUUUUCCACAGGCGGAACCCCCUUCAUUUCCAUUUCAUCACAGACGCCAUAGCUCAGCAAAUCCUGUCCUCUCUGUUCCACACCUGGAUGGUUCCUGCUGUUCGGGUCGACUUCUAUGACGCAGAUGAACUGAAGUCCGAGGUGUCAUGGAUCCCAAACAAGCAUUACUCCGGAAUAUACGGUCUGAUGAAGUUGGUGCUCACCAAGACACUCCCAUCUGAUCUCCAAAAAGUCAUCGUUCUGGACACAGACAUCACGUUUGCCACGGACAUCGCCGAGCUCUGGGCUGUCUUCCACAAGUUUAAAGGCCAGCAGGUUCUGGGUCUGGUGGAGAACCAGAGUGACUGGUACCUGGGGAACCUGUGGAAGAACCAUCGGCCAUGGCCUGCACUGGGGAGGGGCUUCAACACGGGGGUGAUUUUGCUUCUCCUCGAUCGACUACGAAAGCUGAGAUGGGAGCAGAUGUGGAGGUUGACUGCAGAGCGGGAAUUAAUGAGCAUGUUGUCCACUUCAUUGGCAGAUCAGGAUAUCUUCAAUGCUGUCAUCAAACAGAAUCCGUUCCUGGUUCACCAGCUUCCAUGCUUCUGGAACGUUCAGCUCUCGGACCACACCCGCUCUGAGAAGUGCUACAAAGAUGUGUCGGACCUCAAGGUCAUCCACUGGAACUCUCCUAAGAAACUACGAGUCAAGAACAAGCAUGUGGAGUUUUUCCGUAAUCUCUACCUAACCUUCCUGGAGUACGACGGCAACCUGCUGCGACGAGAGCUGUUCGGCUGCCCCAGUGAGGCCGAUCACAACAGCGAGAAUCUCCAGAAGACGCUGUCCGAGUUGGAUGAAGACGAUCCAUGCUACGAGUUCCGUCGGGAGAGAUUCACCGUCCAUAGAACGCACCUUUACUUCCUCCACUAUGAGUACGAAGUCAGCCCUGACAACACGGAUGUCACGUUCGUCGCCCAGCUUUCCAUGGACAGGCUUCAGAUGUUGGAGGCCAUCUGCAAGCACUGGGAAGGCCCCAUCAGCUUGGCGUUGUACCUGUCCGACGCCGAGGCCCAGCAGUUCCUGCGCUACGCUCAGGGCUCUGAGGUGCUCAUGAGCCGUGGCAAUGUAGGCUACCACAUCGUAUACAAAGAGGGACAGUUCUACCCGGUCAACCUGCUGCGGAAUGUCGCAGUGCGACAGGUCAACACACCUUACAUGUUCCUGUCCGACAUCGAUUUCUUGCCCAUGUAUGGCCUUUAUGAGUAUCUCAGGAAGUCAGCUGUUCAACUAGACAUGGCCAACACCAAGAAAGCACUCGUGGUGCCAGCGUUUGAAACGCUGCGCUAUCGUCUGUCCUACCCGAAAUCUAAAGCGGAGCUGCUUUCUCAGCUUGACAUGGGAACUCUCUUUACAUUCAGGUACCAUGUGUGGACCAAAGGCCAUGCACCGACUAACUUUGCCAAAUGGCGGACAGCCACCACACCCUAUAAGGUGGAGUGGGAGGCGGACUUCGAGCCAUACGUCAUGGUGAGAAGGGACAGCCCCGAGUAUGACCGCCGCUUCGUGGGCUUUGGCUGGAACAAGGUGGCACACAUCAUGGAGCUGGAUGCACAGGAAUACGAAUUUGUGGUCCUGCCCAACGCGUACAUGAUCCACAUGCCCCACGCGCCCAGCUUCGACAUCACCAAGUUCCGCUCCAACAAGCAGUACCGGGUCUGCCUCAAGACCCUCAAGGAGGAGUUCCAGCAGAAUAUGUCGCGACGCUACGGCUUCGCCGCCCUUAAAUACAUGACGGCCGAGAACAACAGCUAGCCCCCGCCCCCGCUGCAGACCCUCAUUCCCCCCCACAACCAUGAAUGACUACACUGUAGCGACGUAGGUGGGCGGGCGCGUGGGGUACGAUUUGCAGCACAGAAACAAAGAUUGUGGAAUAAAUCAAGACUUUUCUUUCAAACUCUGCUGGACCAUCCAGGAAAUAGUCACCUCCACUCGGAUGUGAAAAAAAGCAGUGGCGCCGCCCCCCUGCUGCAUUUUUAGGCUUAACGCUGCGUGUGCAUGUGUGUGACAGUACAUGCAGGUGUGUGCUUGUAGCGGAGGGGCAUUGUAGGAAGUGCAUUGAGUUUGCAUCCAAGUGCCGUGAGGAAAAGCAUUUUGGACGACACCUUAUCAUCAUGGCGGUGAGACAAAUCGGUAAAGACUGAAGCGAGUGACGUACGAAGACCACCGAGCUAGCCAAUCAGCUGCCGCGGGUACAAAUCUCAAUCCAUCCUUCCUUGUUUUAGUGUGAAUUUUGAAUCAAAGCACCAUCCCUCUCCCUUUCUUGCUUAUUCUUGCCUCUAGUUUGAUGACAUUAUACUGUAGUGGAAUAGUAUUGUAAUAGUAGUGUAGUACCCAUGCCAUCUAGUACCUCAUUUUAUUCAAGCAGUUACUAAAACCCCAAGAUUGCUAAAAUAACCAGGUAACCAGGCAAAUCCUAUUACGUCACCUGAAUAGUAGGGGUGGGCGAUACCGCCAAAUGUUGGUAUCAGUCCCAUACCAAGUAAAUACACGGACAAUACUACCGAUACUGAUGCUUGAUCUUGAUGCUUGAUUUUUUUUUUUCCCCUUUAAUUUUUUGAUCAUUUUUAUAAUCAGUAAAGAAGAGUACCGAUAUUUGCAUCGAUCCGCCCACUCCUACAGAAUAGUACAGUAAAUUUGGCCGCGAUAUUACAACCAUACACAAAGAACCACAAUGCCUUUAAGAUGUAUUCAUUUACGUUUGGGAUUGAGCUUUGCAGUGGAAAUGCACCAUGCUGAGUGGUUUUUAAAGGCAUUUAAAUUUUUUUUUUUUGAACAUCAGGGAUAAUAAGCAAAAAUGAACAAAUUCUUUCAACUUGAGUAUUUUGUGUGCUGAAAAUGUUUUUAUUUUAUUUGAGCUUGAACAUUUAGCGUGCUGACCAUUUGUAUUCUUUUUCUUCUUUUGUUUUGUUUUUACUGUUGUGAAACUAGAGGCCUCUUUCUCCUUUUCCUCCAACCUCUCAGUACAAGGAGGAGAUUGGCGUGAUCCUACAGGUGUGUUUGUGUGUGUGUGUGUGUGUGUUUGUGUGUGAGUGAUGUGUUAGGGGGCCACGGUGUGCAAAGAGGUAGGACAGUGCUGACUGAUGCUGCUACUGGAAUAAAAGGAAAAA